CCCUCCCUUUCUGUUGGCAACUCUAAAAAGACCAUAGAAAUAUUGACAAAGAAGACUGCUAUCGUGUCACCCCUAGUCUUUCUUUUCACAUAAGACUUUGGUUGGUUCUUUGUGGGUCCUUUGAGCAGGGAAGAUAGGAUUUGGGACACACAGUAACAUUUUGGGCAGAGCCAAGUAGCUGGCAGUCCCUGGGAACUCAAAAUACAGGCUUUUCAUUCUUGUAUAUAUAACAGUGAAUGGCUGUCUUGUUGUUCACAUCUCUUUCCCCCCCACCCAAUUACAAUAAUACUUUAUUUAUAGGAGACCCUUGUCUUUCUCCACCUAUGCCUUCCCCGAACGGACGAAGGAGCUGAGGCCUGGGGCAAACUUUUUAAUACCUUUCUGUUUGCUUCUGCUUAUAGCCCAAGCUGACUCCGCAGGAGAAACUCAAGCUCCGAAUGCAGAGGGCGCUUAACCGGCAAUUUAAAGCAGACAAGAAAGCAGCCCAGGAGAAGAUGAUGCAACAGGAACACGAAAGACAGGAACGAGAGGAUGAGUUGCGUGCCAUGGCUCGGAAGAUCCGGAUGAAGGAGCGGGAACGGCGGGAGAAGGAGCGGGAAGAGUGGGAGCGACAGUACAGCCGCCACAGCCGCUCGCCUUCUCCGCGCUACAGUCGAGAACACAGCAGCUCCAGAAGGUAAGGCCACUUUUUAUCUACUUAAGGGGUGCUGAAGGGGCAAACGUGGGGCAGAAUGAAGGAAUAUAGACGCCAUGUUGAAACUGGCAACUUUGGAAAUGAAUGUUUAUUGGAGGAGGAGGAGGAAUUGAUGUUAGGUCCCCGAGGCUUUGUUUUGAACGCAAGGACGCUGCUGAAUC